AUGAAUUCUUUGGCAAGAAUCUCGCGUGGAAAAUUGUACCAGGAAUUGAUGGUACGGUUGCAGUCGACAACCGCAACGUCAGCCUCAUCUACGGAUGUCCAUAUCCCAAAAAGGAUAGAACGUGGUCCCACAGAUAUCCUCAAGGCUUUGGAGACCACGAUAUCCAGGGAUUAUACGGCGCCACAUUAUAAGUUUCACGACGACCCUUACUUGACGCCACUGUCAAAGAUGCAUAAUCGCUCGUACGCUUUGGCGAAGGAGUCUGGAAGGAAGACCGCGAUGUGGGUUCGUCAGGAGCACCGCGAUUUAUUUCAGCAUAAAGUAGCAGACCCUGAAAUUAAGGCGUUCGUACCACCUCCCAUUUACACAGAGGAAAGUAAAGUGACGGAGGAAACGUUAUUAUACGAGAUAUCAAACGGUCACAUUUCCAACUCUAUCACGAUAUACGAUUUACUAAAAGGUGAGAUAACCGUGCCAACGAAACAGGCACUCUUGGAAUUGUUGUGCUUUUACAAUAAUUGUGAACAUACCAGUGACGAUUUGCUGGAGAAUCGUUGGUACGCACUCGAACAGAAACGUAAGGCGAACGCUUGGAUAAGUUAUCCACAAAUCGAUGUACUGUUUGAAUUUCUGAAGCAACAAGAGCCCACAGUAGCAGCCGCUGCCUACACUGCGAUGAUAUGUGGUUUAGCUAAACAUUCCAGCCCGGACAGGGCUUGGCACUUGUAUGAUGAAAGUCAAGGAAAAAAAAUUCCAUUAUCCAUCGAUGGAUAUAAUGCCGUGAUGUCGAUGGUACCAAUGCUAAGACAAGGAGAGGAAAAAUCAAAAUCUUUGGUAAUGGAAAUAUACAGAGCAAUGGCUGCGAACGGGAUCACUCCAAACAUACAUACCUUUAAUGCCGCUCUCAAUAUAGCUACUACUAUAAAAACUAAUCGAGUAGCUCUAGAUUUUGUAUCCAACAUACUUGCCGAUAUCAUGAAAUUCGAGCUAAAGCCAUCGUUAACUACAUAUUUUUAUUUGCUGCGAAUUUUAAGUAGAUUCGGUGAUGCGUCAUACAAUAGCUUUAUGAAAAUCUUGGAGUCUUUAAAGGAGGAAACCCUUACCAUUCAAAGUGAAAAAGAUUUAAAUUUCUUUGUUACCGCGAUGGAAAUAGCGUCCCGGCAGUUCUGUGAGCGUCAAGCAGGUGAAAUGGUGAAUGAGCUUCUUCUCGCCGGUGAAAACUACAAGUUUAUCGGCAACAAUUAUAGAGAACACGUCUAUUAUCGAUUUUAUUUGGAGUUAAUUUUGGCAACAGAAGAAUUCGAGACGUUCUUCAAUCUCUACAGCAAGCUUGUACCGCACGUGACUAUACCGGAACCUGCCGUAAUGAGUGCUAUAUUGGAAGCUCUUAAAUUACAUCCCGCGGAGACCGCCACGCAAUAUAUACCAAAACUCUGGUCGCACAUGAUCAUGUUCGGUCAUCUAGACAGGGAAGAGUUAUUGGAGAAUAUAUUGCACUUGAUGAGCGAACAUUGUAAACCCGCACCCGAUUCUUCGUUGAAUGCGCAAUUCGCAGAUAUGGCGCUCGCUAUUUGGGAUCAUAUACAAACUCAGAAUGUCAGAAAAAUGCAGCACGUCUUGAUAUCCAAUACAGUGGUGGGCAACAUUAUAAUAUUGUUGCUACGUGGAAAUAAUUUCGACAAAACAGUAGAAAUUAUAUCGUCAUUGGUUCGUUCGCCGCAUUUAAUCAAGAAUAGCAAUACCAUUAUAACGGAACACAUAAACGAAAUAUUCGAAUUGUGUUUGGCGCAAGCGCACGUGCCAGCGAUUUUCACACUCCUGGAGUACGUUACUUUCCAUAAUUUAGAAGGAGCCGGGGAAAUGGCUAAAAAGUUACACAAAACUGUAUCCCUUACCUCCAACCAGGAAAAUAUAUUAAUUAGUUUAGUGGGUAACGACGUUCUCAAAUUACAGCUCUCUGAUGAGAAUUAGUUCUUCGAAAUAAAGUACUGUAUAUAUAAAU